CCCCCUACCCCACCCACCCACCCACCCCAACACCCACAUACUAAAUCAGUAGUUCGAGUGUGGAAGCUGCUGCUGCUGCGAUGACUGAGGCUGACGGGCUAUAUCAAUAGCCAAGAAACAAGAAAACAAGACGACCCAUUUCUCAUUUAUCAAUUCCACACCUUAAUCCGCGGCGGAUCAAUCGGGGUAAGAGAAAAUCUAGGACCCAGAAAAGUGCAAGUGGGAAAAAAGGUUUCUUUUUUUAGGAAUUCGACAAUGACGAUUGGAGGAGGAGCGGCGGCGGCCCCAGCUCCGGCGAUUUCGCUUGAUCACAAGAGGGAUGCUUAUGGGUUCGCAGUGAGACCUCAGCAUCUUCAGAGAUUUAGAGAAUAUGCAAAUAUAUACAAGGAAGAAGAGGAGGAGAGAUCGAAGAGAUGGAAGGACUUUCUACAAAGGCAGUGUGAGUCUACUCAAUCUGGUGACAGCAUUGUUGCUAAGUCAAACGAUGAAUCAACCGCUGAGGAUAGUUCCAAAGAUGGCGCCGAAGCUAAAGAUGCAAAUGGCAGGAAGCCUGAAAAUCUGAGUGAAGAGAAUGAAGAUGCACAGCCUGAAACUGGAAACAAAGGUCAUCAGGUCAAAACAUGGGCAGAAAUCAGACCUUCUCUUCGAGCCAUAGAGGAUUUGAUGAGUGCCCGUGUGAAAAAAGUAAAUUUUAUGAAAAAUGAGCCAGUAUCUGGUAUGAAAAAGAAGCUAUCUGCAAUUGAAGAGGCUAGACCUGGAAAAGGAGCAUCGGAAGAUGACUCUGAUGAAGAGUUUUAUGAUUUGGAGAGAUCUGAAUCAGACACCAAUCUAGAAUCCCUUUCAGCAGAAAACAGUCCUGCUUUGGACUCACCGGUCGAUGGCCAUGCAACUCAUUCAGAGUCUGUGCCUCCAUGGAAGGAAGAACUGGAAUGUCUUGUUCAAGGAGGGGUUCCUAUGGAACUGAGGGGAGAGCUCUGGCAAGCUUUUGUUGGUCUUAGAUCACGCCGAGUAGAUAAUUACUAUCACAAAUUACUGUCUCCUGAGACUGAUGAGGAUGACAAUCAUGAGUCAGAUCUAGUGCGUGUAGGUAUACCUGAGAAAUGGAGAGCCCAAAUUGAGAAGGACUUACCUCGGACUUUUCCUGGUCAUCCUGCUCUAGAUGAGGAUGGUAGAAAUGCUUUAAGACGUGUGCUUACUGCCUAUGCACGUCAUAAUCCAUCUGUUGGAUAUUGCCAGGCCAUGAAUUUCUUCGCAGGCUUGUUAUUGCUUCUGAUGCCAGAGGAGAAUGCAUUUUGGACUUUAGUGGGGGUCCUAGACGACUAUUUUGAUGGGUACUAUUCAGAAGAAAUGCUAGAAUCACAGGUUGACCAACUAGUUCUUGAGGACUUAUUGCGCGAAAAAUUUCCAAAAUUGGUAAACCAUCUUGAUUACCUGGGGGUGGAGGUGGCAUGGGUCACCGGGCCAUGGUUCCUCACAAUAUUUAUGAAUAUGCUUCCAUGGGAAAGCGUGCUAAGAGUCUGGGAUGUGCUACUCUUCGAAGGGAACCGUGUCAUGCUAUUCCGGACUACACUUGCUUUGAUGGAGUUAUAUGGACCCGCAUUGGUUACAACCAAGGAUGCCGGAGAUGCAGUCACACUGCUUCAAUCACUCGCCGGUUCCACUUUUGAUAGCAGUCAACUUGUCUUGACAGCUUGUAUGGCUUAUCAAAAUGUUCAGGAAACACGACUUGAAGAACUAAGAGUUAAACAUCGACCAUCUGUGAAGGCUUCACUAGAGGAAAGAUCGAAGGACAUUAAAGCUUGGAAGCUUUCCCAGGGUCUAGCUUCUAAGUUGUAUAGUUUCAAAAAGGACCCAGGAUUUAUAGGCGGUGAUGAACUAGAACAAAGGGAUAUGAUGAAUGGUGAUAUUUCGCAUUUGGACUCUUCAUUAGUCGAUGGGGAUGUAGAAAGGGAUCCCGUGAAAGAUCUCAAAGAGCAGGUGGUGUGGCUUAAGGUUGAGUUGUGCAACCUGCUUGAGGAAAAAAGAUCUUCUGAGUUAAGAGCAGAGGAGCUCGAAACAGCACUAAUGGAGAUGGUCAAACAGGACAACCGGCGGCAGCUGAGUGCAAGGGUUGAGCAGUUAGAGCUCGAAAUCUCUGAAAUUCGGCAAGCCCUUGCGGAUAAGCAGGAACAGGAGAAUGCCAUGCUUCAGAUUUUAAUGAGGGUAGAACAAGAACAGAAGGUCACAGAAGAUGCCCGCAUGUUUGCCGAGCAAGAUGCUGCUGCCCAGAGAUAUGCUGCUCAAAUGCUUCAGGACAAGUACGAAGAAGCAUCUGCGACCCUGGCUGAGAUGGAAAAGAGAGCAGUCUUGGCGGAGUCCAUGCUAGAGGCCACCUUGCAGUACCAGUCUGUUCAAAGCAAAGCACAGCGUUCUCCGCGUUCUCCUCGAUCCACGCCACAAAGUAAUCAAGAUCACUCACCCGAGAUUCAAGCUAGAAAGACGAGUUUGCUUUCUAGAUGGCGGGACAGGAACAAGGAGAAGCCAACGGGGGCUGAGGAGCCAACUGAUGAGAAAUCGCACGAGGGUGAGAAUUCGAGCCUCAAAGAGGAUGACACCAAUGGCCAUGAGGUGCAGAAAAAGGUUUAAAGGAGCUAAGGCAAUUGUAUAUCUCGAUAUGUCUUCCCAUCGUUCAAGCUACCUUCUUGAGGCAUGUAGAGUUUCGAUUUUUGUAUGGUAAACGAUCAAAGGAGACAAGUCGCGAAGGUUAAAUUUUUGGUUUCUUGAUUCAUUUGACUAUAAUUUGCCUGGUGAGUAAAGAAUUAUGAGACAAGGACAUGGCUUUUAUAGGUUUUAUCAAAUUUAUAUAGCAUGAUAUUAUUUUUGUACAAACAUCUUUAAAUGAAUGGUUGCUCUUGCAUACAUAUCUUUUACCAAGGAAA